AUGAAGUUAUAUAUUUGUUUAUUGGCAUUAGCUGUAACGACUUGCAAGGCCGGAUUUGACUCUGGGAAUGAACACCUAGGAAACAACGGAUUGGGGGGUGGCGGUAACUAUCAUUUUUCUUCUGGAGGAGACGGAGGCCAUGACUUUGGCGGAGGGCAAACACAACAGUUUGAUCACGGCCAAGAUUUUUCUGGUGGUCAUGGCGGUUUUGGGCAAGGAAAUGAUUACACUCUUGCAUUAAGUCAAGGGCAUGGCCAACAGCAAGCCUUUGAUUUAGGCGGUCAUGGAGGACAGAAUUUUGAUGGAGAUUCAUACCUUCAAGCUGCUCACGAAUUAGGUCAGAAUCAUGAUGGCGGCAAUGACGGCCAUUUGACUGAACAAUAUGGUGUCCAACAAGAUCACGGUGAAAUUAUUCACGAUGGUGGUCACUCUGGUGGGCAAUUUGGAAACGGUGGAUACCACGACAAUGGUCAGCAAGGAUUUGUUCUUCAAGAUGCCGGUCAUGAAUUUGGGGACCAACAUAAUUUUGGACAUGCUCAAGCCAUCCCAGUUGGCGAACAUAUUGAUGAAGAACAUCCCGUGGAGGUGCCUCUAUACAAACAUGUUACUGUCCCAAUACAUAAGCCUCUGCAUGUGAACGUACCGAAACCAAUUUUAAUUGGAAUUCCUCAUCCUUACCCUGUUAAGGUUCCAGUGCACAAGCCAGUCGCUGUACCCGUGGAGACUGAAAUUUCUAUUCCAAUUGAAAAGGUUGUGCCCUAUCCCGUAGUUAAACAUGUUCCCUAUCCAGUUGAAAAGCAUGUCCCUAUCAGGAUAGAAAAGACCGUCACAGUUGAAGUACCGCAACCUUAUCCCGUGAAGAUCCCAAUCUAUAAAACCAUACACCACAAAGGUCACCAUUGA